AUGAGGCUUUUGAAUGCAAGGGAGAUGGGUCAGGACCAGACAAAGCAACAGAUAGAGAAAGGACUCCACCUUUACCAGUCUAACCAGACCGAAAAGGCCCUGCGAGUCUGGAUGAGGGUUUUGGAGAAGUCUGCGGAUCCUGCUGGCAGGUUUCGGGUUUUGGGUUGCCUCAUCACUGCUCACGCAGAGAUGGGCAGAUACAAAGAUAUGCUGAAGUUUGCAGUGGUACAGAUCGACACAGCACGGGAGCUGGAAGACCCAGAUUACCUUACAGAGAGCUACCUGAACUUGGCUCGCAGCAAUGAGAAACUCUGUGAGUUCCAGAAGACAAUCUCUUACUGCAAGACUUGCCAGAACAUGCAGGGUACCACAGUCAGCCUGCAGUUGAACGGCCAGGUCAGCCUCAGCAUGGGCAAUGCUUUCUUGGGCCUCAGCACCUUCCAGAAGGCUUUGGAGUGCUUUGAGAAAGCUUUACGCUAUGCACACAACAAUGAUGACAAGAUGCUGGAGUGUCGCGUCUGCUGCAGCCUUGGCAACUUCUACGCCCAGAUAAAGGACUAUGAGAAAGCCUUGUUCUUCCCAUGUAAAGCAGCCGAGCUGGUGAAUGACUAUGGAAAGGGCUGGAGCCUGAAGUACCGUGCAAUGAGCCAGUACCACAUGGCAGUGGCCUAUCGGAAGUUGGGGCGCUUGGCGGAUGCUAUGGACCGCUGUGAGGAGUCCAUGAAGAUUGCCCUGCAGCAUGGUGACCGACCCCUGCAAGCACUGUGUCUGCUGUGCUUUGCAGAUAUCCAUCGCAGUCGCAAAGAUGUGCAGACAGCGUUUCCUCGGUAUGACUCCUCCAUGAGCAUCAUGACAGAGAUUGGAAACCGCCUAGGCCUGAUCCAGGUGCUAAUAGGAAUGACUAAGUGCUGGAUGAUCCAGAAGGAGCUGGACAAGGCUCUGGAAAGCAUUGAAAAGGCACAGGAGCUGGCAGAGGGACUAGGGAACAAGCUUGGCCUGCUGAAGCUCCACUGCCUGUGUGAAAGGAUCUAUCGCACAAAGGGGCAGCAGCAAGAAUUGCGUGACCAUGUAGUGAAGUUCCAUGAGUGCGUGGAGGAGAUGGAGCUGUAUUGUGGCAUGUGUGGAGAGUCCAUUGGGGAGAAGAACAACCAGCUCCAGGCAUUGCCUUGCUCCCACUUCUUUCACUUAAAGUGCCUUCAGACCAACGGGACUCGGGGCUGCCCCAACUGCCGCCGCUUGUCGGUGAAGCCCGGCUACGUCUGACCAGCCCCGCGGCUCGGCCUGCGCCGCCGGACUGCUGCGGCCGCCGGACUGCUGCGGCCGCGGGCCCUGCCGCUCGCGUCACCCCUCGGGGUGGGGCUGACGGGCGGAGGCGCGCCCGCGCUGCUCUCGUGUCUGUGCCCCGCUCCCCCCCGCUCUCUGUACGGGCUGACGGUAAUAAAGGCUGUGCCGGAACAGCGCCCGCCUGCUGCGCCACCGGCCCGCAGGGGCAGCGCCGGCCCCGCCCGUGCCCC